AUGGAUUCUUUCAAGAAAACUGGGUUCGCCUUCAUGACGAAUCAUCAGCGCCGUCUUGUCUACGGAGGAGAAUCUCCUUAUCAUAAUGAAGGUUUACUUCGUAGAACGAGGGCACUAAGCAAGGAACAACUGGAAAGGAAACUCAUCAACCUGAUCCGACUUCAGGCAAUCGGAAAAUCGGAUUAUAAUCGGCGAAUGAAGUUCGACCUCAUUAAUGCACCCACCAUACUAUCGGUUUUUGUUAGUGAGUUUUGCUCUUUUCAGUAUUCCAAGUUAUUUACUAGUGGAUAUUCCAAGUUAUUUACUAGUGGAGUGAUUUUUUUUUUGUUUAUUUACCGGUAUAUUUACUCAUUGCUUGUAGAUGCACCCUUGGCCAAUGUGAAUUCCGUCUUUUCGCCAGUAGUGCUAUCUGCCUUCGUUUCAUCUCCAACUCUUAUGGGACCACUGAUUCUGUCGCCAUGGCUAUUCUCCACCCUCAUAACGUCACCUUGGGCACUGUGCCCAAUAAUUCUUUCCCCGUUUACCUUCGUACCUAUUAUCCUUUCUCCUGUUGCCAUGUCCCCAUUUGUGUUGUCACCUGGUAUUUUCAGUCCGGCUAUUCUCAGUCCACUGCUUAUGGUGCCGUACAUUCUAUCACCGGGUAUAUUCAACCCGCUCAUUUUGUCUCCACUUGUGCUAACGCCGUUAGUUUUGAGCCCUCUUGCAGCUUCCCCUGUCAUUCUGUCUCCGGCACUUUUGUCACCAUUAGUGCUCUCGCCAAUGUACCACACGGCUUUCGUGCUCAGUCCAUCGCUACUCUCUCCUCCUAUCGCUUCUGAUGGGGACAAUGUUGCGAUUGUCCUCUCACCAGACCUGGGAAUGCUUUAG